AUGCCCGGCGCAAAUGUUGUCUUUAAGGGGGAUGCCAGUGCGAUUCGCAAUCGAGCUUGCCAAGCUCUAAAAGUUGGUAAUGUUCGCCUCGGUCAUAGCGCGUAUAUGUCGCAUCCCGGUGAAUUUGCGGCGCCGCCAAACCGUCAAGUUAUUGCGGCCUACAAUCAACCCUGUUCCUCCAGCUCUGUGCCACUGGCCCGUCAUCCUGAACCUACGUUUAAUACGACCUCUAAUCUCGCUCGCCCUGCGCAACAAGUUUCACGCCCAGAAGUCUUGAUGGUGCCUCAAAUGCGAUAUGUUUUAGAACCCAUAUCAGUGAAUUUUGUGAAGUUCUCUUACACUCCUCUGCCCAGUUGGCCGUCUGCUAAUACAUCCUGGGUCAAUGCAUUGCAUCAAGUGAGGAUUGAUCCUUACAGAGUAUGGGACCACGGUUUUCUGGAUUCCUAUCGUGGCUAUGCGUUCUUUGAUCCUCACAUCCUUCUUGGAGAAGACUGGGACCGGGCACGCGGUAAAACGUAUCUUUUGGCAUGGCUUGCAGUUCGCCCGGCGUGGAUGGCAAAGAUGAUCAACCCGACUGUUCAUCAAGAGUAUCCACAACCGCAAUCUUGGAGGGACUUCCUUAUUUUUCACAUCGCAAAGCUUUUGCGGGUGUCUGAUCGCGACGUCAAGUGCAAUCCCGACCGUUCCAUCAGUGGUCCAAACAAGCGCCGCAAGCAAGGCAAUCUCAUCGCUUAUUUUGACCUUCCUGUGCGGAAUUAUCAUAAUACAACGCAGAUUCGCUGGAGAGAUGACGAUGUAGGCUAUGCUGGCUCUCUGGAUGUCGAAAGCAUGGUUAUCAAACCUUCUGUCCCUCGUGAAGUUGUUUGGGAUCUUUUUGAACACAAUUUCCGUUUCGAAUUGCUUGCUCUUGAUCGAUCCAUUUUCCCUCGGCACCUCGUCAGCGAUCAGCUCUCACUUGCUCGGGACACUUUGGUGACAAAUUGCUUCCCUCAAAAUGCACUUAUCACUGUACAAUGGCCGGAACGUGAUGAAGGUCUGGGGGCACGGAGAUACCAGGACCGUGUAUUAUAUGUGGAGUCACUGCGCAAGCUCAUGUCGGAUUGGCCAGGCUCUGUAGCAACGGCUUUGCGGCGCAUGUCCCUUUCGCCCAACAGCACUGAACAACAGGUCUCCUUGCUCUCCAAACAACAAAUGCCUCGCAACUUCCGCCGUGUCAGAAACCAACCGCCUUCUUCACCACCUCCUGUUGGGCAUUUCUUGCCAUUAGCAGAGGUUCUACCGCUUCGUCACCCCUAUGGCACAGCAACGCAAGGUCUUGCAUUGGAACCGCAAGGUCUGCUGUAUGGCCCAAGUGGAAUUUUUUCCCAGCCAUUGGGGGUUACCGAUAUUGCAAUUCCUCAGCAACCAGGCUUUGUGAAUGAUAUGAAUAUGGGUGAUUUGAUUGAAGUAGAUGAGUUACACAGUGUUGAUCCCGAAAGAGCUGCAAAGAACCAGCGCCUGUGGCAGAUGUGGAAUGAGGUUAUGAUUCCCAGGCUUAUGAAGCCAUAUCUCAACACAUAUCGUGAAACGUCGGGUAUGCGUGCUCCAAACCGCGUUCGGUACAAUGUCGGGUGCCAGGGUUGCUCCAAUGGUGGCCUUCUCAAAGUGUCUUGCAUCUUCUUUGAAAAUCUCAGUGUGCUGGAUUUUGUGCAAGAAUUGUUUACCAAUAUGGCACCAAACACUGUGGGAUGGUGCAAUACUCUUGAAGCAUUUUUAAGUUCUCGUAAUUUCAAAUUAACUACAAGGAAUAGUCUCCGUGAUAGAUUUGCCUCUGCCAUGAAAUGGUAUGCUACUCUCGUCAACCGGAAAGAUUUGUUGAUGUUCGAUUAUUUAAAUCGUGUUCGAGUAUCAGAAUUAUUUAUUAUGGAGAAUAAUCCUAGUCCAGAUCAGAGUGCUUAUGGUCAUUCCACAGUUACAGAGUCAGAAGAGGAUGACAUAAAUGAAGCUAAUAGUCCUCACACCCACACUAUGGAUGUAGAUGCAGACAAAGAUGAUAUACCAAAUGAUAAUUCUGAUACUGGUAGUAAUACCGGACUAAAAUAA